CCCGCGCACCCCACGUAGCGCCCCCCGCCGGAGCCGCGCCAGGCAAACCGGCGAGGGAGCCGGGCUGAUUGGCGGCCGCCGGCGGCCAGGGGAGGGGGCGCCGUGCGGGGCCAUGGCAGGCUCCGAGGCGUCCUAGCCGGAGCCGGAGCCGGAUCGGAGCCCACGCUGCCGCCGCCGCCUCUCAGCGCUCGGGCCCCCGCCGCCGCCGCGCCCCCCGCGGGAGAUGGAACAGCGGAACCGGCUCGGUGCCCUCGGAUACCUGCCGCCUCUGCUGCUGCUCGCCCUGCUGCUCUUCGCGGCCGACGCUACAUUCACUGAAGUCCCCAAAGAUGUGACAGUACGGGAGGGAGACGACAUCGAAAUGCCCUGCGCGUUCCGGGCCAGCGGAGCCACCUCGUAUUCGCUGGAGAUUCAGUGGUGGUAUCUCAAGGAGCCGCCCCGGGAGCUGCUGCACGAGCUGGCGCUCAGCGUGCCGGGCGCCCGGAGCAAGACCGUGCGCGUCCAGGGCAACGACAUCUCACACCGGCUUCGGCUGUCGGCCGUGCGGCUGCAGGACGAGGGCGUGUACGAGUGCCGCGUGUCUGACUACAGCGACGACGACACGCAGGAGCACAAGGCCCAGGCGCUGCUGCGCGUGCUCUCGCGCUUCGCGCCGCCCAACAUGCAGGCCGCCGAGGCUGUGUCGCACAUCCAGAGCAGCGGCCCGCGUCGCCACAGCGCCGCCAGCGCUGCCAACGCCUACAGCGCGGGCGCCGCGAGCCGCACCACCUCCGAGCCCCGCCAGGGCGACAAGAGCCCGCCGCCCUGGAGCCCUCCCGCCGCCCUCGGUCCUGAAGUCCCCGAAGCCACCGCCGCCUCUGCAGCCCACACAGCCACCACCACUGUCGCAGCUGCUGCUGCUGCUUCGUCAGCGUCACCGCCACUGGGCCAGGCGGUCCUCCUGCGCCAGAGGCACGGCUCGGGCACCAGCCGCUCUGCCACAGACCCUCUCCUGUCCCUGUUCCUGUUAGCUCUGCAUAAGUUCCUGCACCUGCUGGUGGGGCACUGACAGGCACGGGCGAGCCGCCACCCAGAGGGCAGCGUGUCGCCAGACGGACUCACAGACUAAAGAAGCAUGACAACGUCCACGUGGGAAAUAAACAAAACAUAUUUUUGGGGAAGUUACACAAACAUAGAACAUCUAAAAUAAUGCAUCUACUUUCCAAAUAAGACGGAGUUGGGGCCGUGCAGGAGCACGGGAGCCUUGAUUCCUCCACUUCCAUGUAAUUUUCUUUCUUACACUUCUCCUCCGGGUCUUCAUUUUGCACGAACUGCCGAGCGGUAAUCUUUCAAAUAAUAUGCCAAAAUGUCAGGUCGACGCCUUUCUGACAAAGUGAAAUAUUUUUAGUAGAUUAUUGUGUUUAGGCUUUUUUUUUUUUUUCAUUUACUUUUUUCUUUGGGGGCUUUUCUUUUUAAUUAAAUUAUUUCUUUUGAGACAUUUUGAUUAAAACAAAGAUACAUCUUAUCAUGAUUAAAAAUCACUGUCAAUAAUAUUUAUUUUUAAAUAAAGAUCGGAAACAAGGCCAGGCACUUGUUUAUAAACUGUAUUGUAUAUUGAUGAAUAACAGUUGAAUAAAAAACA